CAGCGGUCCAGGGCUCGGGGAAAAAAAUCGAAGCGAGGAGGAUCUGGUAACGGUACGCUUUGUAGAAAUUUCACCCAUCCCGAGUCGCUAUCGAAGGGCUCGGCAGGAAUUCACCGUUUCUUUACAAAGGUUAGAGGUCACAGAGCAGGGUUGCGGUUGUCGUCAUGGCAUCUGGAAGUACGAGCAGUGAGGAGGAGCGGAGCCUGAGGGAGUGUGAGCAGUACGUGCAGAAACACAACAUUCAACAGCUGCUGAAGGACUGCAUUGUCCAACUGUGCACCUCCAGGCCAGACAGGCCCAUGGCCUUCCUCAGGGAGUACUUCGAGAGGCUGGAGAAGGAGGAGGCCAAGCAGAUUCAGAACCAGCAGAAGGCCAGCAGUUCCCGUUCAGACUCCCGUGAUGAGGAGGUGUCUCCACCCAUGAACCCGGUGGUAAAGGGUCGCCGGCGGAGAGGAGCCUUCAGCGCAGAGGUUUACACAGAGGAGGAUGCAGCCUCAUAUGUCAGAAAGGUAGAUACAUACAGCUGUGAGAUCCACAAGAAAAUCCACACACUUCCACCAAUGAGAAGUUAUAUUUUCUUGAAACACAUAACAUGCCUGUGCUGUUUUGUUAAGGUCAUUCCAAAAGACUACAAGACGAUGGCAGCCUUGGCCAAAGCUAUUGAAAAGAAUGUGCUCUUCUCACAUCUGGAUGACAACGAGAGGAGCGACAUAUUUGAUGCAAUGUUUCCAGUCACCUACAUCGCCGGGGAAACAGUUAUUCUGCAGGGUGACGAAGGUGACAAUUUCUAUGUUAUCGACCAAGGAGAAAUGGAUGUGUACGUGAACAAUGAAUGGGUGACUAGCAUUGGGGAAGGUGGCAGCUUUGGAGAGCUGGCGCUGAUAUACGGCACCCCAAGGGCAGCCACAGUUAGAGCCAAGACCAACGUCAAGCUGUGGGGCAUCGACAGAGACAGCUACAGGAGAAUACUUAUGGGAAGCACUUUGAGAAAGAGGAAGAUGUACGAGGAAUUCCUCAGGAAAGUGUCCAUUUUAGAGUCUCUUGACAAAUGGGAGCGCCUGACAGUCGCUGAUGCUCUGGAGCCCGUCCAGUUUGAGGACGGACAGAAGAUUGUUGUGCAGGGAGAGCCUGGAGAUGAGUUCUUCAUCAUCUUGGAGGGUUCUGCAGCUGUGUUGCAGCGUCGCUCAGAGAACGAGGAGUUCGUUGAAGUAGGGAGAUUAGGACCUUCGGACUACUUUGGUGAGAUUGCUCUGCUGAUGAACCGUCCCCGCGCUGCCACCGUGGUCGCCCGCGGGCCCCUGAAGUGCGUGAAGCUCGACCGGCCCCGCUUCGAGCGUGUCCUGGGUCCCUGUUCAGACAUUCUCAAACGUAACAUCCAACAGUACAACAGCUUCGUCUCGCUGUCUGUGUGAAGGGGCUCGUCUUCCCGCCCCACUCUCUCCCCCCCUCUCCCUCUUUUUCUCCUUUUAGACCCAGGGUCCACCAAUGCAAUUUGCUUUUUUUUUUUUUUUUUGCCACUUUGUUCUUCUUUCUGAUGCUUCCCCCCCCCCCCCUCCCUUUUUAUUUUACACACACACUUCAUUUGUUGUUACCACCCAUCACACAGAGAUGACUUUUAGCCAUUCACCAGCGCUUGUACCAGCUGCUGUACGCUACCUUGUAGGCACAGUUAUAUCAUGUUACCUAUGUUAUAAAUGUAUUUGCUGGUUACACUUUCUUUUUAGACUCAACCUUAAACACAAAGCAGGAUUGUUAGGAGAUCAGAAAGACAUUAGGGUCUCAAACUGAUGAGACAGGACAAUCAAACUUUACAUGGCGCUUUUGGUGCAUUUGUUACAGAUUUUUGUUUUAGACUGAAGCAAAGAGAGGACUGCUUCUUCCCCGUUUAAGACUUUCCUUUUUGACAUCAGUUAGUUUGAUUUUAUAUAUAUAUAUAUAUAUAUAUAUAUAUAUAUAUACGAUGUAGAGAAGUACCUUGAAGCUGUAGAGGACAGGAAGAAUACGAUUGCAACCACAUUUCGUCAGCUGUUUCUAAGUUUCAGCAACGAUAUGAUGGUUGUGCUCCAUUUGUUACUUUUGGUUACCUUGGAUUGGUCUGACGAGACAACGAUGAGUCUGUUUUGCUUAUUAUUAGAGACCUUGUGCAACUUAAGGUUUUUAUUUUAUUGUGCAGCUACCAGGCUAGUGCCAAAUGUUGAUUAUUGUCACGACGCAAAGAUGCAUAGCUGUGGAAAUGCAGUGCGUGUUCUGUUCCCUAACUAUUUUGGAGCUCCAAACAGGAAGUAGUUGUUACCCUUAUUGUCCUCUUAAUCGGUAGAACGACCAUGCAAGAACUGCCUUGACUACUCUGAGGAAAAAAUAAAUAAAAAAAAGAAAGGGGAAAAAAAAAAAACAAGAGUAUUAAGUGUAUUUCAGUAUUCAAGUUUUUUAGUAUAUACCAAAUAACUUGGUCACUCUUCUGCUAUGGUUUGUAAUCAAAAUGUUAUCAUAGUAUAGUUAAAAUGAUCACAGUUAUAUUAUUAUCAUGGACUAAAUGAUAAACUUAUGGUUUGGAGUGAUGGUGAUCUUAAAAAAAAGAUAUGUUUAACUGUCUUUUGUAAACACUUAUUUUUCCAUAAAUUCUAUUUUAGGUGUCCAGUGCCACAAAGUUAAUAAAUGCUUCUUCUUGUCGACCGACAAAAACAGUAUGUAAUUGUAUUGUGUAAAACGUCAUGGGUUAAAAACUUUUUAAAAUAGAUGAAAUGGGUAAUUACAGGUUUAUUGAAGUAAAGUCUUGGAAGAAAAAAAAAACAGUUUCAGGACAUCUGAAGUAUUUAUGUAUCAAAGCAUCAAGGGUGCGCUGACGGGCAGAGUGAGCAGAUAUUUAUUUAAAACUAGUGUCAUUGCUUAUGCCUAUUGAAAAGGUGGCUGUCUUUUCAUCAGAGUAGCUUGUGAUCUGUUCUCUAUGCUUACUUGGCAUGAUAUUUUAGGCAUCCAGUGAUCCGGUAUGAAUGGAAGCGUGUAUUAAAAAAACGUGCCCUGCAGCUGUGUGCAGGAGCAGGAACUUUGUCAAAUAUUUGGUUUGUUACUCCCGAGCUUAACUGCUUCAUGUCUAUUUAGAUGGCAUAAAAUGUUUAGUCUGUCUUUUUUUUUCUUUUUUUUUUUUCUUGAAGAUCUUUACCAAAUCACACAAUGUUGACUUCUGGAUUAUAGGCUGAACUCUUCAUUCCUGCCUCACUGAACCAGUCAUGUUUCUGUUUUCUGUUACGUCUCCAUUCAAAGCAACUUACACACGCUUAGAAUUGAGAUCUAUGUUUGUAUGUCCAAAAAAGAUUUGAUUUUGGUGCCGAUUGCAGGGUAGUCAGGUUAGCGAGAAGACUUUUUGUUAAUGGACAUAAGUGUAUUUUUCUUCAUGUGUUCUCCCUAACCCUCAGGUUGUGGAUUUGGUGACAUCUGGAUUUGUGUUAUCAGCUUUCUUUACGUUAUGACGACACAUCCUGUUUAUCCUGAUCCACAGGAAAUGACUCCGUUUAGGGGGGGCGAGGGUUCG